GUGUUAGGUAGAUAAAUUUACCUUCUAACGUACCUGCAGCAUUAAAGCAGAGGCGAUCCACUUACAUAGUCCGUGAAGUGAAGCAAGGCAGUCGAUGCCAUCCAUCCCGUAAUUCUUUGUCCUGUUUAACUGCUCAACUGCUGAAUAUGUAGAUCAGCCUGCGCACCCAUCCGGCAAGAGACGGUCCUUGUUUCAGCACUAGGUCUGCGAGCGUCGAUCAGCGUCCUUGAGCAAGCACCAAGCAUGACUUGGCGCUUUAAAUGGCCUCUUCACACAUGUAACCUACGUCGUCACAAACGUACAGUUAAACGCUGCGUAGCAAUUUAAACUUUUUUCCGUCCGAUAAGUGCAACUGAGCCUCUAUCUCACCGUUACAAGAUAUUCACUUACUGCAUUUGUCCGCUGUUCACAUAAACGUCGAUCAGUAUACACAGCGAUACCACAGGGUUACAUAACGCCUAGGCGUACUGUUUGUAUCUAGCUGCGAGCUCGCGGCUCCAGGCGGCGGCAGUUCGUUCGCCCUUGAAGGCCAGUCAGAGCGCUGCCAGCCCCAGCCACGAGCGCAGCGCGAUGUGGACGGCGGUCGUCUUCUUUGUUGUCCUUCUGGUGACCUACCUAUGGGCCACUCGACCGAAACGACCGCCCAACUUUCCACCAGGUCCUCCGACAUUCUUAAUCUUCGGCAACGUCAUCGACUUAGUCCGAACUGCUUCGAACGACUUCCAGAAACAUCUCAACCGUUUGCGAUCCGAGCACAAGUCAGACAUCAUCGGUAUGGUGGACCCGUUCGGUCAACCAUUAGUCUACGUUUUCGGUGGAGAGCUUGUGAAAGAAGCCGGCAACAUAACUGAACUUACUGGCAGACCCGAACUAUUCACUGUCAUGUAUCUAUCGGAGAUGAAGAGAGCCGGAAUAUUCUUCAACGAAGGACCAUUGUGGCAAGAACAAAGACGAUUCGCACUAAAGCAUCUCCGCGACCUGGGCAUGGGGAAGAGCGUGUUGAACACAAUGAUCGCAGAUGAGUAUGCUCUGUUCGCAGAGCAUCUGAAGAAGGUAGUUGGUCAGGAGGUGAAGGCCAACAACCUCUUUAUCACAGUUGUGCUGAACAUCAUUUGGAAAAUGGUCGCAAGCAGACGAUUUGACUAUGACGAUCCCGAGCGUCAAAGGCUCCAGGAUAUUGUCACAGAGUUCACACAGAUUACGGGCCCGCAAAACAUCCUCUUUUUGUUCCCCUCGGCGCGCUUUGUCGCUCCCGAGUCGUCGGGCUUCAACAAAAUAAAGGUCUACCACUCUGCGAUGCAGGGGCUAUUUGGCCCCUGCAUUGCCGAGCACAGGGCGACUCUCGACCCCAGCCACCCUCGUGACUUCAUCGACGCCUUUUUGAUCGAAUCACAACGCCCCGAUGCUGAGAAGCGUGGGUUCGAUGAGAACAACCUGCGGACAUUGUGCCUGGACUUCUUCAUCGCCGGCAGUGAGACGACGUCCUUGUCCAUGACGUGGGCUCUUCUGCUGAUGGUGCUGUAUCCGGACGUGCAGGCGAAGGUGCAGGCGGAGCUGGACGAGGUGGUGGGCGAGGGCCGCCUGCCGAGCUACGAGGACCGGCCGCGCCUGCCGUACACGGAGGCGGUGAUGACGGAGAUCUGGCGGUACACUUCGUUCGUGCCGCUGGCGGUGCCACACCGCUCGAGCGUCGGUCCCGCGCAGCUGGGCGGCUACACGCUGCCGAAGGACACCACGGUGAUGAUCCACCUGCAGUCGGCGCACCACGAUCGCGGCCACUGGGGAGACCCCGACGUCUUCCGACCGGAGCGCUUCAUCGGCGAGGACGGCAAGUUCAGGAAGGACGACUACUUCGUGCCAUUCGGCCUGGGCAAGCGCGCCUGUCUGGGAGAGUCGAUGGCCAGGACCGAGUUCUUCACCUUCCUGUCGUGCAUGCUGCACCAGUUCCACGUGCGCCUGCCCAAGGGCGCCAAGAAGCCGUCCACCGAGGUCAGGCAGUUUGCCAUCUUCCUGCAGCCGGAUGACUUCAACGUGAUCCUAGAUCACAGGGUAAGGGCGUAGAGAGCGGAAAGUGAAAGUUUCCUUAGGAAACAAGGACGCUUGCCACUUGCCAGGGCACUUACCUAGCUGGGCUAUCUCUUUCUCCCUCUUUCCCUUCCUCCCUCCUUCCCUCCCUCUCUCUCUCUCUCUCUCUCUCUCUCUCUCUCUCUCUCUCCCCUCUCUCUCUCUCUCUCUCUCUCUCUCUCUUUCUCUCUCUCUCUUCCUCGCCUUUUCUCCCUAUGUUCCUCCCUCUCAUUUAUCUAUUUCCUCCAUAAAACUUACAGGGGUAAAUUCUAGGGGUUGUGCCAUUUAUCCGCAGCGCCUAUAACGCUAUAGGUACUGCUACAUGAGCUUCAGCUAUGGUUAUCCUAUUAUUGUGCUAUUAACUUUAGCCGUUAAAUAGAUAUACGACAUAUCGCAUAAUGCUAGUUAAAUAUGCUUCAUUCGUUCGUGCAAACGGCAAUGUGCCUAUGAAUGUGUGGCUAUACCUAAAACUGUUUGUCUUUUAAUUUUGUCCGACAGUGCAGCGCAAGCGAGUAACGCAGUUGAGACCCGUUCAGCAACUUUUAGGUAUAUGUAGGUAAUCCGUGCGGAUUAAAUAAUAGCGUCGCUUCUCGUUCUCCUGGAUAACGUCGCUAGCUGUCGAAGGAAUAAAUGCUCGUAAGAAACGAA